GUUCUUUUGUCAGUUUAAAAAUUUUUGUGUCAAAAACAUGAAAUCGUCAAGAUUAAAUGUCUCGUGAAUUGAUUCAAAUGUGGUGUGAACACAAUACAAUGUUAAAUAAAAUGAAUCCUGAUGUUAAAUUAAAUUUUUGGAUUAAUCAGAAAAUUAUCAACACUGCAUUAUUACCUUUAGAUUUGGUUUUGAUGCAGGAGUCAAAUUUAAGAUUCAAUAAUUAUUUUUGUCACAAAAUGAUUAUACGAAACGUUAGAAUGGAAUGAAUCGUAUACGGUGAAAACGAUUUUCAAUUGAAUAAUAUUUAGAGGUAUAUCCAAAUAACAAUAAGCUUAAACAAACAUCAAGUUUCUACAACACUACAACAACAUCAAUUGUACAUACAAUAAAAAUAUUUUCAAACGAAAUAUCACACAACAAAUCGACGAAACAAUGAAUCAAACGGAAGAAGGACAUUUUCAAUGCGAUGAAGAAAAAUCAAAUAUGACUAUCUGGGGUGGAAUUGAAAUAGCUGUAUCAAAAUGGGAGGCAGCAUUCACAGCAUUAAUCCUAUCAAUACUAAUAAUAUUAACAAUUGCUGGCAAUAUAUUAGUCAUAUUAAGUGUAUUCACAUAUAAGCCAUUACGAAUUGUACAAAAUUUUUUCAUUGUAUCAUUAGCUGUUGCGGAUUUAACUGUCGCAUUAUUAGUAAUGCCAUUUAAUGUUACAUAUUAUAUAUUAGGUCGAUGGGAAUUUGGUAUACAUGCAUGUAAAAUGUGGUUAACUUCAGAUGUGUUAUGUUGUACAGCGUCCAUCUUACAUUUGUGUGCGAUAGCUUUAGAUCGAUUUUGGGCAAUAAAAGAUCCUAUCAAUUAUGCACAACGGCGUACGUUGAAACGUGUAUUAGUUAUGAUUCUAGGUAUAUGGACGUUAUCGUUAAUAAUUAGUUCACCGCCGCUAAUUGGUUGGAAUGAUUGGCCAGAAGAUUUUAGUAAUGAUACGCCAUGUCAAUUGACAAGUGAAAAAGGUUAUGUUAUAUAUUCAUCCUUGGGUUCAUUUUACAUUCCUGUUAUUAUAAUGGCAAUUGUUUAUAUCGAAAUAUUUAUCGCAACACGUAAGCGAUUACGAGAACGGAUUAAUAAAGUACCGAAAAGUACGUUUCAAAAUAAUGAUGGUAAGAGUAAGGAUCCAAAAAGUAAGCUUAAAACACAAACUGAUUCAGGGAAUAGUAUAGACAAUGAUCAUCAUGAAAAUGGUGACGGUGCAAAACAGAAUUUAAUCAAAAAGAAAAAAACUAAAGAAAAACAAGUGAAAUAUUUGCCACCAGAAGAUUCUGUAACAGAAACGCCACAAGAGAAUGUAUCAGAUACUCAAGAGAAUGAAAAAAACGAUGAAAAACCUUCAAAAAACUUAACUGUGGAAGGUGGAACCACACAAAUCACAACACCGUUAACUACAAGUUUAACUGAUUCACCUCUAUCAACUGAUUCACCACAAAAAGAUCAAAAUGUACAAUUACUUGUGACCACCCCAUCAUUAACAGUUCCUCCAGCGCCUAUUGCAAAUAAACCAAAAUCGGUAUCGGUUUAUCAAUUUAUCGAAGAGAAACAACGGAUAUCAUUAUCAAAAGAGCGCCGUGCAGCACGAACUUUAGGUAUCAUUAUGGGUGUGUUUGUCGUAUGUUGGUUGCCGUUUUUUAUCAUGUACGUCACACUACCAUUUUGUACGACAUGUUGUCCAACAAAAAAGUUCAUUAAUUUUAUAACAUGGUUAGGUUAUAUCAACUCAGCGUUAAAUCCUAUUAUUUAUACAAUAUUUAAUUUAGAAUAUCGAAGAGCUUUUAAAAAGCUUUUAGGAAUUAAAAUUUGA